GCGUCAAGCAAUUGUAACGCUACCGUCACGUUUACAUAGAUGAUUUGUGACAAGCAAUUCUCCAGAAAUCGAUGUGAUUUGAUCGAUAACUCUCCACAGGAAUUAUGAACUCAUUAGGUCUACAGACGUAUGUGGAGUUAUUCCAUUUUCCAUCAUUGGCUCAGUCGAAUGUUUUCAACUUAACGUUUCUGAAGUCUGAUGUUGCAAAACGAUCAAAAACUAGUCGGAAAACGUACGACAUACUGGUCGCAUUUUUCCGUCCAGUAAGCGAUCCACUAGCCAGCAAAUAUUCCUUUAGUAUACACCACUUCGAUGUAGAAGACAAAAUUAUUCAGCCACUAACUAAAACUAUUGACUUUGCCUAUUUACCAGGUGCUUCAGACAUAGUUUGCAUUAAUGCAUUACAUGACGAAAUAACUGACGAAUACUUCGUUGCUAUCGGCUUUGUGAAGGAAGGAGAAAAAGGAUAUCUUAAUAUAUACAGAUCCAAGUCAGAAGAAAAGCUACCGGAAAAUUGCUUGAGUUAUUCCAAGUUACCUUGUGUUCCUCUUCAUUUGACUCAUGCACACUGUCUUAUCAAAGACGAACAUCAGUGGGCAUUCUUUUUGUCUUAUGGUGAACCUUUUAGCGAAACUUCCAGUCAACACAAGCCUUCCAAUCAACCACAAGUCAAAAUAUUCUCCAAACUUGUUGAUACUAAUGUUUUUGAACAAGUUGAAAUUGAUCAAGAUACAAAAAGCUCUGAACUAAAUCAGUCUCAACCCUGUCAUUCCAGUGCAGCUUAUGGUGAACUACCAUUUAAUAUCGCUGUAGUACUUUUUCCAGAGCUAACAAAAUUGCCAACAACAUUAAUUUUCUUACAUAUGGAUUUUAAAAUUAUAAAUAAUAUACGGUUUUCAGCUUUCGGUUCACAAGAUGGGUGGUUUGGUUUAUUCGCUGUGGACAUGAAAUCUCGUAGAAUUAUACGACAUUUCUAUUUAUCUCAUGAAUCACCAAUCACAUCCAUUAAAAUAUUUCAACAGUUUAAUGGAUUUGAUUCGGCUUCAGAAGAAGUAAUCAAAGAUAAUGAAAAUGUGUCUAACCUCAAGAAAGAUGUUAAUUGUUUAGUGUGUUCAGCUUUUGAACCAACUGUUGUUUAUUGUAAUAUCUUCAAAAAUAACGGCUUCAGUAUACAAAAUCAGUUAAUUUUACCAUUUAGCACAGAUUUUGAUCAUGUCAAUUGUGCUUCAGUCGAUGAUUUUAAUUUAGAUGGUAAAACUGAAAUUAUACUUGGAACAUUUGGACAACGAUUACUUUAUUAUGAAUGGGAGUUAAAUAAUACAGAUUCAAAAAAUGGACAAUUCAUAUUAAAAUUUCAACGUUCACUUCCUGGUCCAGUAUUUUCUAUAUCUCCUGCUUUAGAUUUAAUCGGUGAAGGUCCUCUAUCAUUAGCAGUUCUAACUAGUCGUGGACUACAUAUAUUUCAACAUGAUACAUAUUGUUUAAUAAAAGAAAUUCAUCAUAGAUUAGACAAUCAUUCAUCUUUAAUAUCUAAUUUGUAAAAUACUUAUUAUUUGUGAUUAUAUACAUAUAUAUGAUUAUUAAAAAUUCUCAUUGUGAAAAUUAAAACAACACACAUAUAAGCGAAGUAUUGUUUUCAAUUAGAACGUCAUUAGGCUUUACUCUAAUAUACAUGAAUAUUUAUACGAAAAUAUUCAACUAAUCAAGGCAAUUUAAGUCAAUAAUCAUAAUGAAAAAAAAUUGGGGUUAAAUGUGUACAGAAAAAAUUUGUGACCCCCUCCUCCUAUCGCUUCCAUGGCCAAUUAUAACUUAACAAACGACAUUUUUAUUGAUUGAUUGAUUUGUGUUCUCAUUAACAUAAAUUUCACAUCCAUUAUUUUGGUUUGUAAUUUUUCAUCGCUUUCCGUUUGUAUUCUUCACUAUCGAACUAUUUAUAUACUUCUUAUUACGUAAUAAUUUUAAUGUUUUGUAAUGACUAUUGGAAGUUUAUUUACCCAAGUUGAACCUUCUAUUUCUAAUGAGUUUGUAGGUAUCAUUACCAAAGCUUGACUUGAUAAUUUCGAAUAAAUUGAGCAUUGAGUAGAUUGUUAUGAAUAAAUUAAUAUAUUUUUGUAAUAUCCCAAUGAGUAGAAAAAUUAGAUUUUCUGAUAAGACUUUUGUUAUUUUAUUUUAUUAUUCUUACAACUAUUAGUACAUUUGUCUUCUUACUAUCUACUUGUUCUUUUAUCUAUUAUGUGUAGUGACUUAUUCUAUUUCAUUGUGAUUAUAUAUAUAUAUAUAUAUAUAUAUAUAUAUAUAUAUAUAUAUAUAUAUA